GAAUCAUUCAUGCAACUCGGUAGUUCUCGAAGCUCAAUUUUUUUGGACUCAGUGAAUAAUAAAGAUAAUAUUAUAGAUGAAGAUAGUCAAUCUUUACAACAGAAUGAAAUAAAAAAAUAUACCAAUAUUCACAUUAAUGGAGAUCUAAUGCCAAUAAUUAUCCAAAAUAAUAGACCAAAAAUUGAAAUUUUUCGAGAAAUAUUUGACAAGUGGAUAGAAUUUUCGUGUUCUUUACCAGUGCCUAUGGAAAUUGAGAAGGGAGAUGAUAUCGAAAGUGAACAAAUUGCAAGUCGUGUAUAUAAAAUAUUAGUAGAAUUGUCCACAAUUUACCACAAAAGUAAACCAGCAAUAAUCAAAAAUGUAAUAGGUGCGGCCAGACGCUCAUUGAUACUUGUUCAAAGAUUGGGUUGGCAAGUUAUUUAUGAUAGUGAAUCGAUUGAUCCACCCAGGCUAAGAGUUAUGACAAAGAAUGAAUUUGUUAAGCUUAUUAAAAGAAUUGAAGAACAGGAAUCAGCUGAUAAUAAUGAUUAUUAUAAACUAUCUGAUAAGAACUUAAAGGAAUUAGAAGAGAGCUUUUAA